UGACAAGUGACAACAUUGACAAUUAAUUGUUGUCAAAAGCAAUGAGUAUCUCAAUAUUUUUUUGGAAAAAUAAUUAAAAAUUUAAAUUUAUAUUAAUGAAGUAGAAAUUUAUGUCUAUGCAUUUUAAUUUACACUCUCAUAGAAAAUAUUUUUGUGCAUUCUAAAUCACUUACACAUUUUAGUUUUGAUUGCAGAUUCUAAAUAAUACAAUGGCAGAUGAUAUUGUUUUUGAGUUAUUGCAUUCAGAAAUAAUAAAUUAUGCACUUGAAAAAAACAAAGAUAAUACUAAUAAGGAAACUGAUCUAUCAGUAGUGGAGUAUAUAGGUUUUGCGGCUGGUUAUAAAAUAAUGGAGCGAUUAACAAGAGAAUGGCCAAGAUUCAAGGAUGAACUAGAUACUAUGAAAUUCAUAUGCACAGAUUUUUGGACAUGCAUAUACAAAAAGCAGAUAGAUAAUUUACGCACAAAUCACCAGGGUGUAUAUGUGCUACAAGAUAAUGCAUUCCGAUUUUUAACAAACUUUUCCAAUGGUCACCAAUACUUGGAAUUUGCUCCAAGAUAUGUGGCUUAUACAUGUGGACUUAUAAGGGGUGGACUUGCAAAUCUUUGUAUUAACAGUGUGGUGACAGCCGAAGUUCAAACUAUGCCUUCAUGUAAAUUCCAUAUUCAUGUGCAGAGAACCUAAAGGCAUGCAAUGAAAAGAUCAUAUUAUGUGAUAUAUUAGCAUCCAAUUAUCUCAAUAAAUAUUAAUUAUAAUUU